AUGAUACCCAUGUAUGUAGUCUAGACUUAACGUGUGUACCGUUUACGAUCUCGCGUCGAUCGUGUUACUAUGAUGGCGUCCCGAGUUUACCCACGCAACAUUGAGCACGUACCCUGUGCUUUUGCUUCAUGUCACUCCUAUCGCUCCAGCGGGACGCGUCUUUAACCUCGAAGUUCAUCUCAACAUACACAAAGCUAUUCAGCGGCCUCACGCCAGAGCAAAUCGCUCCGAACCAGGAUGAUGCGAAGUUUUGGUCCAGCCUCCUCGAGCUAGGCGUGGAUGCGGACUUUCUCAUCCUUAAGCUGAACGAGGUCAACAAGGAGGACUGUCUAGGAGCUCUGAAGCCGAUCCUGAAUCGUCUUGUCCUCGCCUGCAUAAGACAUGCGCGGACAGGUGCAGACAAUGACGCGAAAAAGACGCACGCGGUGGAGACGCUUUCGAUAUUGAGCCGAUGCAUAUUGAGGAAGAACCUCGCGGGGUGGGAGGUCAUGGAGAUAUUUGCGGGUGGGGUGAACGAGAGUGACAAAGUGUUCGACGAGCUGACGUCUAUGAUUGACGAGAUUAUGGGAGAUGGCUUUGCUCCGGUCAGUCUCAAACAUCAGGUUUUACAGCUGGCUGUCAUAUUCGUGUCUGGAAUCAGCCAGCUCAGCCCAGGAGCUUACUUCCUUCGACGCGACCUCUUCCCCUGCAUCGUAACUAUCAUAACCUCCCAAGAAACCGAGCAGUACACCUUCGAGGCAGCGCUGCUCCUCUCUCUCCUCGCCAACUUCCACAAGUCGGACGCGGCGAAACUCAACCCGUACCUGCGAUGCAUCAGAGAGACCGACAACCACGAGCUGAUGCACAAGAUCUGCUGGGCGUCCAACUUUGCGGCUGAUGCUGUGGUGAAGACAUACCAGUCAAUUUCAGACGAUUCGCCUCCUACGUUACAGUCGACGUUUGGCUCGUGGCUAUAUGCGUUACGACCAGACAGGGCACUGGCAGCUACACCAGUCGAUCCUCCCAAGGAGCUGUUCAAGGACCAACCGAUCGAAGCAUGCGUCAUCCUCCUCCCCAUCUUCGAGUUCUUGAGCGUCAACAGCACCUUCCACACUGUCUUCACCGAGCCACUCCGGAACGAAUCUCUGGAAGAGCAUUCCAGCGCUGGCACGAAGGUCGCUCCCCUGCCGUACACGCUGCUCACUCUGUUCUCGUAUUUGCUGACACAUGCAUCGUCGACACACUCUUCUCGCGCCAUUGCCUAUGCAAAUCUCGCGUUGAGCAUCUUACUCGUUAUGGCGGAGAGCCGGGUGGUAUUGCAGACACUUUGCGAGGCGAAGGAGGCCGAUGUCAGGUUGUGUCAGCAGAGAUUACCGCUAUUACCGGCCACGCCCCCUCGAGCGCCCAUUUGUGCCUUGCUGGAUUGUUGUGUGCUUUGGCUUCGACAUAACCUGCAUAAACGGCUGGAAGUGUAUGCCUACGUCAAGUGCGUCAGAAUAUGCCAUCGUGUACUAUGGUAUCUGCAGAACCAGCGCACCCGACUUGAGUAUCACUGGCAGGAGCUGUGGAAGGCCCUCGUCGGGCUGCUGGACUUCUUGGCGAACAAGCUGGACAGCCUGAUAACAACCGGAGGCAUCGAGCAGCUUGUGCACGAGACAUUGCUGCUGAUCGACCUCGCUCUUUGCCGUUCGAGUGGAUAUUUGCCAACACCUGCAGCGAUCCACGAGCUAGUGUACGAAGUCGUUCACUCCGCUCCCACCUUCCGCAAACAACAGACGCUCUUGGACAAGCUCGCCCUCCCCAAGUCCAUAACACGAGCCAGGCUCGCCGCUGAGAGCCCCGCGACUGAAGCCCUCACCAACAUCCUAUCUGUGACGGACCAUUACGAAGGCAAAGUCACUAUGGCUGGCGCGGCGUCAGCGAGGAGUGCGUUGAGGGUCGUCGCGAAGGAGAUUGAGAAAGAUGGGUUAAUUUAUCGGACGGACUUGCACAAAGAGGAGCCUAUCAAACAGUCUGAGGAUGUUGUUGGGUUCAUUCGGUAUGCUUACAUGGAUGGGCUGGCGCUGAUGCCAUAAGGUGUGGUCUCGUGAUCACCAAUUACCGACGAUGUUUGUGCCAUUCUCUGGGCUUGCUAUUCCCGCGAUUCUGCCGCCUUAUUUUCGUCCAUGGGGUGUUCUCUCGGUCUUAACC